UUUAAUUCCGUUAACCGAAACUAACCAUUAUUGUCUUUAAGUCAGUGUUAUUCCGUCGAUUGCAGCGUAAGGAUAUUUAUUUACUUUGAUCACGGUCAAUCGAGCUAUUCGUAUGUUAUUCAGUUGUGAUACGUUCUGGGAUAUUAGUUUAAUUAGUUUAGAGAAUUAGGUACUGCAAUGUAUUCUAAUUUCAACGAUUCUUCCUCGGAUGACGAGACAUCGUUGCUUAACAGUUACCGAACACCGCAAAAGGAUAAAUUAUGGGACUCGUUCCAAGACCCACCGCCAGCACAAAGUGGUGGUUCAGCUGUCGACACCAAACGCUUCGAAUCGUUCAAGCAAAUUUUGAAAUUGUUCACAUUCGUUUUCGUGUUCAUCGUGACUCUGUGUGCGGGCGUUGUAGCGAAAUCAACAUUUCUAUUGAUGGCUUCACAUACGAAAAUUGAUACUCGUGUGCAGUAUUGUAACAUAAGAUUUCCAUACCUCAAUUUGUACGCAAUCGUUCCACAUGAGCAACGUAUUGCGUGGAUAUGGGCUCUUGUGUUCGCUUUCUCAUUGCCGGAAUUGGGAACGAUUUUUCGGGCUUCUCGGAUAUGCUUCUUUCGGAACAUUACCAAGCCGACAGCAUUACAGUUUGGAUUGGUGUGGCUGUUUGAAACACUUCAUGUAAUUGGACUGGCAGUAUUUGCGUUUAUCGUACUACCUGACUUGGAUGUGAUCAAGGGAAUGAUGCUCACCAAUUGCGUUUGUCUAAUUCCGGCAAUACUAAAUGUACUGAGAUUUUCUAAAAGUCCGAAAAAUCGAAUUUUGAUCAAUGCGUUAAACAUGCUAUCGCUAGUUGGGCAAGUAAGCGGUCUAGUUGUAUGGCCGAUAUUAGCAAACAAACAAGAUUUUUGGAUAAUGCCAUUGUCCAUAUUGUUCAUAUCCUUUCGAUGGUGGGAGAAUUUCUUAUCAAAUUCGAUUCUUGGCGGUUAUGAGCUGGGUAAGCUCAGAGAACAAUUGGAGAAGUCACGAUACUACACUUACCUAUUUGUCGCACCAUGGAAGAUCAUCGUGUUCUUCAUGGCAGCAUUUCUGAUUUCUGGCAUCCAUUUCCGCGAUUUCUUUUACAAGUUCGUUGAUGGAUGGAUGGAACAUUCGAUAAAUAUCGUCGAAGUUACACCAAUUUACAAUGAAACCACACCGAUGGAGAAGCUAACAUCAAAGAUCACUUCGACGCCAAACGUUGUCUUAUGGGUGUUUCUCGUCCAAGCAUUUUCCUCCUGGAUUGUCUAUGUCUUUUCCAAAUUCUCCGCAAAAGUUUACAUUCAAAGUUUCAGCAUGGCUUUUCCCGUCAAUUUAACAGUUCCGAUAUCUGUCGCAACUUUGGCUACAGUUUGUAGCUUCCGAACAAACGACGUUUGUGCACUGCAUGGCUUUUUCCCCGAUUUUCUAUUUUUCCAUGAUCCACCAGUUUACUAUUUCCUAGACUUUGUGAUAAAGGAACACGCAUGGGUGUGGUUGCUGUGGCUGUGUUCGCAGGCCUGGAUCACGAAACAUCUGUGGAAUCAAAAGAACGAUAAAAAUGCUGCGUCGGAAAAGUUAUUCGUUCUUCCAAUGUACAGCAGUUUGCUGAUUGAUCAGUGUGUGGCGUUGAAUCGACGACGGGACGAUCAAAACGAGAUGUUAAAGAAGAAGGACAUGUUGCGGACGAAAGAAGAUGAUGAUCCCGACAAUGUCAUUGAUGCGAAAGCGAAGCAAUACCAGCCCAACAAAGGAGUGCAGAAGUCCGACAAAAUUCCACAAAUUUAUGUGUGCGCUACCAUGUGGCAUGAGACGAAAGAGGAGAUGAUGGAGUUCUUGAAAUCCAUUUUAAGAUUGGAUGAAGAUCAAUCUGCCCAUCGUUUGGCUAUGAAAUAUUUCGGGAAGAGCGAUGACGACAUCGACAGCGAAUAUUAUGAGUUGGAAACCCACAUUUUCUUCGACGAUGCUUUUGUUAGCAAUGCAAACGUUAGGCCCGACACAUCACCCAUCAACUCUUACGUAAGAGAUUUGAUUACAAAUCUCGACGAAGCUGCCAGACUGGUGUAUCAGACAAAUAUGCGAAUUGCGCCACCUGUUAAAAUGGAAACUCCGUAUGGUGGGCGUUUGAUCUGGACAUUACCUGGUAAAACUCAAAUGAUAGCUCAUUUGAAAGACAAAAAUAAAAUUCGUCACAAGAAGAGAUGGUCUCAGGUCAUGUAUAUGUACUAUCUGCUUGGAUACCGUAUUAUGGAGUUGGAUGUGUCUCCUGAACGAAAAUUGGAAAUUUCCCAUAAUACUUACCUGCUGGCCUUGGAUGGCGACAUUGACUUUCAACCACAUGCCGUUCAAUUGUUAAUUGGACGAAUGAAAGUAAAUCCAGAUCUCGGUGCUGCAUGUGGCCGGAUUCAUCCGGUCGGAAACGGGCCAAUGGUUUGGUAUCAAGUGUUUGAAUAUGCAAUUGGUCAUUGGUUGCAAAAAGCAACCGAACACAUUAUCGGUUGCGUUCUGUGUUCUCCCGGAUGUUUUUCAUUGUUCCGCGGACGGGCAUUGAUGGAGAAUAGUGUGAUGAAGAAAUACACAACAACGUCCGAACAAGCCCGACAUUACGUACAGUACGAUCAGGGGGAAGAUCGUUGGCUUUGCACUCUUUUACUUAAGCAGGAAUUCCGUGUUGAGUAUUCAGCAGCCUCCGAUGCAUAUACUCAUGCUCCGGAAGCUUUUAACGAAUUUUACAAUCAACGCCGUCGAUGGGUACCGUCGACCAUGUGCAACAUUUUCGAUUUACUUAGCGAUGCCAAGAGCAUUGUGAAGAAGAACAACAGCAUAUCCAUGCCGUACAUAUGUUACCAGGGAAUGUUAAUGGUCGGCACGAUAUUGGGCCCAGGAACCAUAUUUCUUAUGAUGGUCGGUGCAUUAGUGUCAGUCUUUUCUAUCGAUAUCUGGACAUCAUUCCUGUGGAAUUUUCUUCCGAUAUUGUCGUUCAUGACAAUUUGCUACUUUUGCAAGCAAAAGUACCAGCUAAUUGCAGCAUUUGUCAUCAGUUCGGUAUAUUCACUUGUAAUGAUGGCCGUGAUGAUUGGUAUUAUGAUCCAAGUGAAGGAGGAUGGAAUCUUAUCACCUUCGUCAUUGUUCUUUUUCAUUGUUGCUGGACAAAUCAUUAUUACCGGACUCCUGCAUCCUCAAGAAAUAAAGGCGCUGUUGUAUGGUGUAGUGUAUUACGUUACGAUACCGAGCAUGUACAUGUUGUUAGUCAUAUACUCACUGUUCAAUUUAAACGAUGUAUCGUGGGGUACUCGUGAAAAUCCGCAACCAGCAGCAGAAGUAGCAGCAAAGAAGCCGGAAGGACACCUACAACGAUUAUUAGGUUUUCUGGGUAGUAAUCAGAAGGACGAGGAAGGAUCGAUUGACUUUUCCAUAUCAAAUUGUUUCCGUUGUAUGCUCUGCACACAACCGAAAACGAAAUCGGAACAAAUUCAAUUGCUGCAAAUAUCGGACCAGUUGGGCGAGUUGGACUUAAAACUAAAGAAUUUGGAACUAAAACUAUCCGGCGAAGUGUCGAUCGUGGUCGACAAGGAUGAGGAUGAAUUGUCGGAAGCAAGUUUGGUGAAGGAUUUUCAGGAGCCAGAAGAGGAGAAAAUCAUAAAUUAUUUACCGGAUUGGUUGUGUGACAAAGACUUGAAAAAUUCACACACCGAAACGCUAUCCGUUAAGGAAGACGAAUUUUGGAUGGAUCUAAUCGAGGCAUAUCUGAAACCGAUCGAUAAAACCGACGAGGAAAAGAAUAUUAUGAAAGAUGCUCUGGCAUCAUUGCGAGACGUUUCUGCGUUCGCUUUCGUCAUGCUGAAUGCAAUCUUUGUAUUGAUUGUGUUCUUACUUCAGUUGAAGAAAGACUUGUUGCACAUUCAGUGGCCAUUCAAUGCCGUCAAUUAUAUUACGUUCGAAGCUAGCAAUGAGGAGGUCAUCAUACGACGCGAAUAUUUACAACUUGAACCAAUCGGUUUGCUGUUUGUGCUCUUUUUCGGUGUGAUUUUACUGAUUCAGUUCAUUGCCAUGCUGAUGCAUCGAUUCUCGACGAUAUCGCAAAUUUUGGCCACUACCCAUUUGAAUUUUCAUUGCAAAAAGAAUUAUGACAGAGUGGAACCGGAAGACGAACUGAGCAUGCAAUCAAUUGAAAUAGCACGGAUCUGGCAGAAACCGAAACCGCAAUGGGAUGAAGGUAAAACUGGUGAUAAGGAUCAAAAGAAAAUCGAGCGCCGAGACACGAUAUCAAAGAUAUUGCAUCAACAUCAGAAUCAACAAGACUAUAGCAAUUUGGAGACGAAUUUUAAAGCUAAGUUCGAAAACCUCGAUGAAGAUCUUCGCCGCUUUACUAUCAGUCGACAAACGGUGAAUAUGCUAAACAAACGCCGUGAAACGAUUAUCGAAACAAAGAAAAUUCGAAAAUCACAGUUGAUCAACUUUAGUGACGCCAAUCGCAACGGCAAUAACGGUAUCGAUAGAUGGCCAUCACCAUCACGAAGUGUUUCGUCACCAUCACCGCCACAAUACACUCCCCAAGUUAAUCGCCGAGCUUUCCAAGGACUGGGACAUGUUAAUGAGGCAUUUGAAGUUGAUACGCACAAUAAUGAAACAGAGACGCCACGGUCGCGUCGAAGACAAAGUAAAAUUACCUUUGCGUAACCAAAUAUAUUGAGUGCGCUAUUAAAAAUGGCAAUCGAAUGUCAGUUGCGUUAACUGUUAGGGGAUUGGUAGUGUUUGCGUGUCCUGUUAAUAAAUAAAA